AUGUUCGACAAAUGGAGCAUACCGUUCUUGACGACGGUUACGUUUAGCCAACGUUUGUCAUUGGUGAUCAUUAUCUUAACUUCAUUAUCUGUUCUACUUGUUUUAACAUCAGCUGCUGCGUUCAUCUAUGUAACGCGAAAAGAAAAAGUUCUCCGAAAAUCACAUUUGAUAUCUGUGAUUACAAUCAUACUUGUCGAAUUGGCAUUUUUAAUUGCUGUUGUCGGUUGCUGCAGUAUUCGAUCGACAAAUACUCAAGGUCAAAUUCUAGCUGCUCUCCUCAUCGUUCUUUCUCUGCUAGCCCUAAUGACACUCAUUUAUUUCUUACUGGAAGAUAUACUCAAAGAACGCGUUGCACCAGAUCGACAGGAAAACAUUCCUGCCAGAACAGUCACAGUACAAGAAACGAAAACAUUUACUCAACCAGAACCUUCCGCACCACCACCACCACCACCACCACCAGCCUCAGCCCCAGCCCCAACGGUACCUGCUGAUGAAGUUGCCAUACCAAUUCCAACAUCACCUGUACUUCCAUCAUUACCAAGAAUACCGACACCGCCAGUGCCACACGAGUCUCCUAUCCCUCCUCCUGCAUCUCCUCCCGUGCCUUCCACUUCACCAGAAAAGCCUGCUUCACCACUUGUAACUCCUCAACCGUCUGAACAUUCGGCCAGUCCAAUACCUGACCAAAACACUCCGCAGCUUCGAGAAUCACCUCCACCUUACAUAAAUAACUACGAACGAAUUCGUCGAGAGCUUUUAUUUGCUAUCGAAGAACGAACCAUUCCUGCAUUGGAAGAAGCGAUUCAACAAGUAAAGGAUCACGAUUACAUUCAACCUCUAAAAUACGAAUGUGAAAGAGCCUUGGAAUUAUUGAAUCGCUUGAUGAAAAUCGAACACAUGAAAUUUUCACCUGUUCCUUGGAGAAGGUAG